CUCUCCCUCGAGGCACGGACCUCGAUGUCUUGCUUUCGGCCACUCAUGAAAGCAAACGAGAAGCAGAGGCUACCCUUUCAUCCGUCUACGUGGCCCAUGGGACCCAUUCUAACCACGACCACCUGACAAUGUGGGUCCCAUAGUAAGGCGGGAACCUUUUUUUUUUUUGGCAGUAAGUAACGGAUUCGGUCAUGCUUUUUGUGAUGAGAGAGAGAGAGAGGAGAGAGGGUCACAGUCUAGCAGAUACUGUGUCUUGAAAAGAGACUUAUAGAUAGAGAGAGAGAGAGCGUUGUGUCAUGUGUGUGUUUGGUUAACUCGGAUUAGUUGAACUGAAACUGUUUCGGGGAUAGUUUUGUUUUGUUUUUUUUUUUGGGUUCUGAACUGAGUUUUGGAGGGUUUAUUUUCAGACAUACUAUACCAAAGUUUGAUACUUUUGUGUCUCCCCCUUAUCAAGAAAAAUUAUGGGUGUUUAUUUUUAUUUUUACAAUUAAGCUUUCUUAGAAGGCAAAAAGAGAGAAUUUUUAGAUAAAGAAUCUGUGAGUGAGCCAAUGAUAUAUUCUCUAAUUCAUCUUCUUUGUGAAGAUUUUGAGUUUUGAUUCCAUUUUUUGUCUUGUUGGUUUCUCAUUGGUUUUCUCGAGAAUAUAUGUGGUUUUGGUUUCGGAAGAAGAGAGGAUAGGAGAGCUUCACUUCACUGUAGAAUUAAAAAAGUACUUAAAAAACUUUUUCCGGGUUUUUAUGUAAAAGCUUUGAACAGCUUCUUUAACCUUUCUGGGUUUUCUCAGAUUUGUUGUCUAAUCUUGAAAAAAAGCUUUUAUUCCUCAGCAAUGGAGCAGAGAAGAAGAAGAAGAAGAAGAAGAAACGGAUAUAGCAACACUAUCACUCUGCUCCUACUCUUCUUCUUUUUAGUCUUCAAUUCAAGAACGACCACAAGCACAAAUUGUCGCCGAAGAACUGUGAAACACUUAUCCACAACUUCAAGUUCAUCUACACUACUCGAAUCAAGAAUCACUUCCAAGGUCAUUGUUGUUAGCAUCGUCUCUGGGAUUUUAACCGGUUUGCUUUCAGCCUUGUUCUUAGCUUUCUUGGUCCGUUGCAUUGUCAAAUACAUGAGACAGACGCCUAUUCUCAAAGGUCCUGUGGUUUUUUCCCCUAAAAUCACACCUAAGUCUCUUCACGCUGCUCUUGGUAAUGGUAUUCAGUUGCUUGGUUCUGACCCUAAUGGUAAAUACUACAAGAUGGUGCUUGAUAAUGGUCUAGUGGUUGCUGUCAAGAGACUAGGCUCUCUUGAAGGAGUUGGUUUACCAGAAACUAGUAGUAGCAAGUCGGUUAAGAGACGGUUGCAGAAGGAACUUGAGCUUCUUGCUGGGCUAAGACACAGGAACCUGAUGAGUUUAAGAGCUUAUGUUCGCGAUUCUGAUGAGUUCUCUCUCGUUUAUGAUUACAUGCCGAAUGGUAGUCUUGAGGAUGUGAUGAAUAAGGUUAGAGCUAAGGAGGUAGAGCUUGGAUGGGAGAUUAGGCUUAGAGUUGCUGUUGGGAUUGUGAAAGGGCUUCAGUAUCUUCAUUUCAGUUGUGAGACACAGAUUCUUCAUUAUAACUUGAAACCUACAAAUGUGAUGUUGGAUUCUGAGUUUGAGCCUCGGCUUGCUGAUUGCGGAUUGGCCAAGAUCAUGCCUAGUUCACACACAUCAGUAUCUUGCUACUCUGCUCCUGAGUCUUCUCAAAGUAACAGAUACACAGACAAAAGCGACAUAUUCAGCUUCGGGAUGAUACUGGGAGUUCUUUUAACUGGAAGAGACCCGACCCAUCCUUUCUGUGAAGAGGCUGCAAAUGGAGGCACCUUAGGACAGUGGCUAAAACAUUUGCAGCAAUCCGGGGAAGCAAGAGAAGCAUUAGAUAAGAGUAUUCUUGGAGAGGAAGUGGAAGAAGAUGAGAUGUUAAUGGCUUUAAGAAUCACGAUUGUCUGCCUUUCUGACUUUCCGGCAGACAGGCCUUCAAGUGAUGAGCUUGUUCACAUGCUUACACAACUGCACAGCUUUUAGGCUAAUGUUCUUGUACCAUAUAUAUCUGUGAGACCAAUCUAAACAUCUGCAGUUACAUCUAUAUAUUUCUUUUUCUGUAUCCUUAAAAGAGUUACUGGUUAAAUUUUGAUCA